UAACACAGACUAUUUUCAUGAUCAUGGGAGGUGUGAGAGAAUUACUGCUCUUUGUGAUGACUGUGGGGGUUGUGAAAGUUUCUUGUUACCUUGUUGGAAAGUCCCAAAAGCAAGAUCAAGUCUCUCUGCAGAGGAGACUUGGAGAGCUGUCAUCAAAUGACGCCUCCAUUGUGCAUGCCCUGGCCUUACUCCGAUCCAUAGGGUCUGAUGCUAAACAAGACAGAGAAGAGUAUUUGGAGACUAAGUACAAUCCCAAGCCUCUCCAAACCAUGGUAUCUCUCCAGCAAAUGAUGACCUGUCCUCUGAGGAGAAGCUGAGGUGCAUGUCGUCUGAGUACUCUACUGCUACUGCUAAAGCUGCAACUGGGCCGUCUGACGAUGUUGUACUGAACCUAUAUCAUGUUAGUACAAUUGAAAACCUACAUCUUAUCA